CGUGGGAGCAGGGCAUCGCUAGGAUUCCAUUGGAGUGCCCCGCAUUGGCUUGACAUGUCUCCACUAAAAUUUUGUCACAAGGCUCGCCCAAGUCCGUCCAUCUGUCUAACUUCGGUUCCCAGUCUGCGUAGCUGUGCCUGUCUUCACCAAUACAUACGCUCUAUCUUGAUACUCGUGAACUGCCAGCUCCGCCUCGAAGACCGAAUCCACCCACCAAAAUGUCGAACAACCCAUACCUCCUCGCCGCCGAUAACCCGGAGGCGUGUAUUGCCCUCCUUCGCGAGAACCCCUCCCUGGCCUCGGGUCAGGACGAGCACGGCUACUCCCUCAUUCACGCCGCCGCCAGCUACAACCACCUGGACCUCUUGCGGACUCUUGUCGGCGAAUUCAAGGUCCCAGUGGACCUCAAGGAUGAAGAUGGCGAGACAGCGCUCUUUGUCGUCGAGACCGUCGCCGCUGCCAAGGUCCUGGUCGAGGAGCUCAAGCUGGACACCACCAUCGUGAACGACGAGGGUCAGACCGCGAGAGAGAAGAUCGAGGCCGAGGAGGAUUAUCCUGAGGUCGCAGAAUACCUCAGGGGUCUGGAAGGCGAGGCCAACAUCUCCGUCACCGCCAAUGGCACGACAAACGGAACCACGCCAGCGGAGCUCCCCCCGGCUCCCGAGGGUCUCCAAGUACAGAUCGGUACAAUGAACGAGGCGGAGGAUGCUGGAGAGCCGGAUCCCGAGUUCCGCAGGCGGAUUGAAGAGCUUGCCUCGAGGGAGGAUUUCGAGACUGCCGAAGGACAGGCGGCGUUGCGCCAGUUGGUGGAGGAUGCCAUCCUAGGACCCAGACAGGAAUGAGACAUUUCGCCGAAAAUGCCAAGAACUUUUCACUCAUGGCUCUUGAUCUCCCACAUUACAUAUUCCCCCGACGCUCCUUGGGGCCGAAAAAGAGAAACUUGGGAGUUGUCCCCCGCCAUGCCCUUGGAGAAGGUCGUCGUACUGAACGAGAACCAUGCUUUCGAGGGCAGCCCAGCAACGAGAUCGAGGAGCGUCUGUCGACACCAAGACG